AGGUUUCCCCUGACGUUAAGUCCAGUCAUGACCGACUCUGGAGGUUGAUACUCAUCUCCAUUUCUAAGCCAAAGAGCCGGCAUUGUCCAUAGACAUGUGGCCAGCAUGACUGCAUGGAGCGCCGUUACCUUCCCGCCGGAUCUACUCACAUUGAUCUACUCACAUUUGCAUGUUUUCAAACUGCUAGGUUGGCAGGAGCUGGGGCUAACAGCAGGCGCUCAUUCCGCUCCUGGGAUGUAAGUUGUUUUAACAACUUACAUUUCAGUAAAAGAGAAAUCCAUCCAGAUUUAAAACAACUAAAGGGCAUUAAUUUGACCCAUUCCCAGUGCAGAAAUGCACAGAUAAGGCACCUGCUAAAUCUCCAACAAAAGAGCCCAUCACCAGUCAAGUAAGUAGUCAGUGCUACUGUCAAAGAGCCUUUUCCUUUAGGAAGUUCCUCAUGAUGUGUAAUCAUAACUUCCCCCCUUUCAACUUAAAUCUGUUAGUCUAGGUCUUGUCCUCUGGAACAACAAAAAAUAAACAUCUAACUCAGGAGAGCCACUAAGAUAUUUAAAAAUGGCUAUACUGUAUUAUAUCACUUCUUGGUCUUCCUUUCUUUAGGGUAAAUAUACCCAUCUGCCCCAACUAAUUUUCAUAAUGUCCCUUUACUUUCUUGGUGACCUUCUCUAUGCAUUUCAAUGUGUUUUCCUUCUUAAAUUGUGGUACCCCAAACUGGAAACAGUACUCCCAAGUGAGAUCUGACUCAGGGCGCAUCUACACUGAAUUAAUGCAGUUUGACACCACUUUAACUGCCAUGGAUGGAAUCCUGGGAUUUGUAGUUUGGUGAGGCUUCAGUACUCUGGCAGAGAAUGCUUGUGACCUCAUAAAACGACAAGUCCUCAUGACUCCAUAGCACUGAGCCAAGGUAGUUAAAGUGAUGUCAAACCUUAUUAAUUCUACAGUGUAGAUGUUGUUGUUUAUUCAUUCAGUCGUUUCCGACUCUUUGUGACCUCAUGGACCAGUCCACUCCAGAGCUUCCUGUCGGCCGUCACCGCCCCUAGUUCCUUCAAGGUCAGGCCAGUCAUUUCAAGGACACCAUCCAUCCAUCUUGCCCUUGGUCGGCCCCUCUUCCUUUUUUCUUCCAUGCAAAGGAUUGUUACCUUGAUGCCGUGCUGGGGCUUGCGCGCCUUGAUGAUGCCAUGAGCUAAACCGUGAAGGGGCACCCAAGACGGGAAGGUCAUGGCAGAGAGGUCAGACUAAAUACAGUCCCUGGGGAAGGUAAUGGCAACCCACCCCAGUAUUCUUGCCAUGAAAACUAAAUGGAUCAGGACAACAGUGUAGAUGUAUUCUCAGAGAUGUAAUAUCCAAAAGUUUAGAAGCCAUGAAAAAUUAUCUUUUUUUUAGGGUGGGUCCAGAAAAAUGGAAACCCCCUCAAAUGAAAAAAAAAGCACAAAAAUAAACAUUUCCCAUCUUACUGUGAAUUUUGUUUCAUUUUGACAAAUAUAUUAUGGUUUGUUAUUGUUUAUAUUUUGAAUUAGAUACAUAUGGGGCACCAAAAUCUUUUAAGUAGGGCCUCCAAAUGUCUUAAUCCAGCCCUGCCUCUGUAAGUUAAACUCCUUUUUAUGUGCUUGUUCCCAGUCUAAUUAGAAGUGUUUUAGCAGGGAGGGGUAGGAAGUAGGGCUGGAAAAAUACAGACUUUCAGUGUUGAGUAGAAGUAGCAUGUCAGCAGUAAGCAAUGUAUUAAAGAUAAUGCUGGGAAAGAAUGGGAUUCAAUUUUAACUUAUCCUACUGUAGCUGUGUGUUUGCCUACAAUAGGCAAGGCAAAUAGCAAUUGCCUAUCAUAUCCUUUGCUGAACACAUACAUACAGAAAAUUGGGAGAAAGGGGGACAGUAAAUAAACCUUCCUCCAAGCUAUCCCACAGCAUCUUGCAUGCCUCUAUAAGUUUGGACACCAAAAUGGAAAUUGUAGGAAAGGUGGCAGCUGGUGAAAGAAAUUGUUUUUAUCCAUGGUCUCUGGAAAGCUCAAAAUAUUACUUAUGCAAGCCUUACUUGACUGAUUUGUUUCGUUUCAGACGCACAUAUUGUAAAUCACUAAUGAAAGGUUUGCUGAAACAUCAAAUAGUUCUUUGUGCAGAAUAAGGACCGAACCCUGUCAUUUAUAUAUUAUUUCUACCUCUGGUACCUGCUAAGAAAUAAUAGCAAAGAACACACUGACUUUGUCAGCUGAGGUAUAUCUGCAUUUAUUUUUAUUCUUUGGUAGAAUGUACUUACCAUGUCAGAAGAGAAUUGCAAAUACAGUUAUAAUAUAUAGAAAAACCACAAAGUUAAAAAACUUGGCAUUAUGCUAAAUGUCCAUUGACCAGAAGCUGGCCACUUGGAGUGAGAAGGUCCUCCAUUGUGCAUGUGGCAGGGCUCAGGCUGCAUUGUAGUAAGUGGUCUGUGGUUUUUUCUUCUCCACACUCACAUGUCGUGGACUCCACUUUGUAGCCCCAUUUCCUCAUAAUUUACUCAUUAUGGAUAAAAUGGAUCUGUUUUAUCUAUUAGUGAGAACUAUGGUACAGUGGACUCUUGGUUGUAUCUGAUGGAGUUUGAUUGCAGGACUCCCUAUGGAUUUCAAAAUAUAUUGAUGCCGAUUCUAUACAAACGCAUAGUAAAAUGGUAUCCUUUAUAGGAAAUGGGGGAAAAAAAUCAAGGUUUGUCUUUUGUUUGUUUUUUAAUAGUACUUUCAAGUUAUUGAUGGUUGAAUCAGUAAAUAUAGAGAGCUGACUAUAUUCUUCAAUAGAUUCUCUAUCUGUAUGCUUGUGUGUGAGUGUGUAUAUACACACUGUAGUUCCUAUGGUUACAUUCAAGCUCACACAAGCAUUGUGAGGAGCACUUCCAUUGCUACAUUGGCCUUUGAUUACUUUUGCUAUAGAAACCUGUGAGAGAUGCGAUUUGCUGGUAGAGUCCCUGAUAACAUAACAGGGCUUUUCUCUGCUGUUUACCUUCUGCAUUUGGGAGACUGUGACCUUGCUGUCCUUGCCAGGUUAAAUGGACGAAAUUUACAAGAUCUCUUCAACUGAGAGGGUCCAGCAGUUGGAAAAGGAACUAGCAUCACAGCUGGCUGAACUGAAGACUGAAAUAGAGGGAAAUGGGGUUCUGCAGGGAUCACUGGACUGCUCUGUUCGCCUUCCAAAAGAUAUUGAUUAUUUCAGAAGAGAAAGGGAGUUGGCAUUGAAGAAGUGUUUACAGGUUGCAGAGGCAAAGCCACUUGUAAUUCAGGCUGAUGUCCUGCAGAGGGAGACAGAGUGCUGUCUAAAAAGAGAACAUACCCCAGAAAACUUACCUUUAUUACUACACCAGUUUUUUACAGACAGAAUUACACAAUUGGUCCAAAGCAAAUAUUUGUACAUGCUCAGAUGGAAGAGAUUUUGUCAGCACAGCAGUGUGGUUGAGCAACUCUAUCCCUUCUACCAGAAACAAGUGGCUCACAUCAUGCAAGAGUACAGUGAUGCUGUUCAAAGAGCUCAGAGGCUGUCAAGUGCCAGGGAGAACUUCCUGACGGGAAAGGAAAAUCCUACCAAUUUAGUGACCCAAGAAGACCUGACCAUUUACACACAAUGGCUAAUAUGCCACCUGCACUCACUUAAGGCCGUUCACAACUACCUCCGGGCACUCCAGUACCUGCCUGUCUCUCACAGGACAGAAGUGUCUGUUGACAGACAACAAUCCUGGAAUGAGGAGGAUGCUUUCAAGACUUUCAACAAAACGGAAUUCUUAUCGUCCAAUAUUCAGCUCUUUGUCAGGCCUUGCACAUCUGUGCCACAUGGACACUCAUCAAAGGAAGCUGCCUCUGCACUUCCCCAACACAAUGCAGAAAUUGAAGACCUGAAGCCCCAACUCAGACUUUUGCUUUCUCAGUUUGGUAUCAGCUAUGAUGUAGAAGACCUCAGGCAUUCUGCUAGUGAGAUGGAACUUCUUUCCAUGGUCUUGCAAAAGUUUAGAAGCAUUUUCAGUGAGCAACAGACCAUGAGAACUUUUCCUGUUUAUGAUGCUGCAAAUCCAGGACUGGAGAGCUGGGGUAUGAAUCCUAAAAUGGCAUUGAAAAAGAGAGCCAACUGGAUUCCUUUUAAAAAGAUUAAAGCUAAACAAGAUCCAUGGCAACAAAAACUACUAAUGAAAUUGAAACAAUGGAAAAAGGUGGAUGAAAUGCUGCUCAUUCAGUCAAACCUUUUAAAGGUUUCCAAUUUGGAGUGGGUCAUGGAGACUCUCCAAGAGCAAGCGGCAGCAGUACUACAACCGAAGCAAAGUACAUCAGCUUUUAUGACUUUUAAUUCACAUCAAUAUGAUCAAAUCUGGGAAAAUGUUUAUCACAAUCCGGAAUUCCACCAGGAACUACAAGCAAAUGGCGAUGAUGAAAAUCCUGCCACUGCAACUAAUGAUCAAGGGAUGGAAAAUAGCUGUCUGAAGAAGGGCUCUAGAUUUUCAGGAAAGAAGAAAGACACAAGUUAUACAACCACUUUGCGGCUGCUGGGGCUAGAUGAGGACGUGGAGGCCAGUGCCAAGGACCUUGUCUCAAGAAAAGGAGCCUAUUUAUCUCUCCUUUAUUUGCAGCACUUGAGGAUUCGGGAACUGCAGAGAAUUUGCUUGGGAAUCCUCAACUACUUCAGAUCCAUAGAAAGAACACUAACAAUCAACACUUCAGGCCUUGCCUUGAAUGCUGGCCAUUUGGCUUCCACAGCUGAAGACUCCUGUUGGGUAAAUGCAGCCAAGGGGGGCAUUGGUGCCUUUGGUGGGCUUGACUCACACUCCUAUGUGCAUUAUACGCCAGCAGACUAUAAGGUUCACAGUGUACAGUUCAUGGAGUUUGCAGAAGUAGAAAAUCAUGACGACUUUUACACAGUAGAAGACUUGUACAUUCACACACAGGACCAAAGGGGGGCUUUUGUAAUAUAUGAUGUAGCCCUCCAAGACCUGAAAGAGCUAGAAGAACAGCUUUUGCUUGUGGCAACCCAGUACAUCGAAAGGGAAAGAGGCCAGAAAUCCAGCAGUAAUUCCAACAAGAAUUCAGGGUGGCCACAUGGGUCAGUGGAUCGGUUUGCAGUGCUGCUUGACCUUUGGACUUGUGAAACAGGAUUCUUGGAAAAUAAACGGCAGCUCCUGGAUAGUUACUUUGAAGCAUACCAACAUGCUUUAGUUUUGGAAGAAAGAUUUACUUUGGCCCAAGCAAUAACCGAUGUCAUGUCUAGACGCUCUCGAAUUGAUUUCCACCUUGGAUAUUUUGUGAACCUCUAUAAGGACGAGUGUGCUUGCCUAAGGCUUCACACACAGCUGGUGAGGGAUAUAUUGAACCAGCAGAUAGAUACGCAGCGUGAUUAUAACCAUAAGAUUUGGCGUGAUGGACCCAAAGGUGGCAUCCAAGAAUUUGGUUUCCCCCCAUAUGUUGUUCCAAAACAAUUAAUUGCAGUUAAUAACAGCCACACAGCUUUGAAGCACAUCUAUUUGUUGGAGUUUCACCCAUCCCUUGGCCUGAUAUCUUUAAUCCCAAAAGCUUUGGGUCAUAUCUUCCAAGAGUUCCAGCAAAUCUGUAGGCCAAAGACAGCCCAAGAGGCAAUUCAACUGGACAAGCAAGUACUUCAUCUUGCUCUGGAUACAUGGCUGACCCUGGAAAGUCCUGGGUCUUUCUAUGGCUCUCAAACACAGAAGGAACUAUUUUCAGGGGUUCUGGUUGAAGAUCCGUCUCUUGUAAGGGAGAUUGCUGUUUCAGCACUGAAGUCAGUAGCAAAGGAGGAACAGAAUAAAGGGAAUAAAGAAAAACAAAUGUUAAUUCUGAACAUCUUCUCAAGGCUUCUUGAACUUCUAGUCCUCCGCCAUCGAUUGGCAGAGGCAGCAAUGGAGAGUGCACAGAUGGGCAGACUGUACAAGGAAUUUGCAGGAGAAAUGGGUUUUGACGAGUUCCAUCUGUACUUAAGACCUGUGUAUUUUGAAUUUGCAACUCACAAUGAAAAAACAGAUCAGCUUGCAGCAACAUUUAUUACUUCUCUUGAACACCAGGACAGUAGUGUUGAUAGAUAUAUUCCGUCCACUUUAAUGUUAAGCAUCCAGGACAUUGACAAUCAAAUUGGCAAAUUUAGUUUUCGCACAAGAGAAAGCAUUUUUCAGAUCUUACUGAAUCCUUGUGGAAUGGAAAAUUUGCAGAUUGCUCUCGCUUGCCAAAUCACUCAUAAAAACUUACUCCUUGUGGCUAUUCAACAGGCUGCAUUUUGCCCUAUGGUGCAACCCACACGAAGUAUGGGCAUAAAGGAAGGAGCUCUAAGUCUGAGAAGUCAGAGCAGUUCAGCAACUGGAAAGAAUUCUACAGCUGGAAAUGAACUAGAAGAUCAGUUGCUUGCUACUACACCACUGAGUUCAUAUUUCACUCGACAUAUUAUCGCUGGACACUAUAAUUUAAGGAGGAACCACGAAGCUUUUGUUUCCAUCCAGUUGGAGAAACAGGGUCCACGGGAUGUGAUGCUAAAUGCAUUCAUUCAAAAGAAGCACAUCUUGGGAAGCAGGAUGCAGAAUACAGAUGAAGCUGAAAAAGUCAAAAGAGAAGUUAUUGUUGAAUACUGCCAUAAGUUGAAUCAUCGUAUAUCACAGUACUCUCUUCGAAGUCAGAUCAUUGCCUAUUACAAUAGCAUAAGAGCUAUGCUGAAUGAUUUCCCCAGUGUGAGAGCAAAAUACUUCAUUAUAGGGUUGCCACAUGAGAAGAAAGGAGAGGCAGAAUUAAAAGGAAAGCUUGGAGAUGACCCCAGGUCAUUCCAGCCACGGCCCCGCUGCUUGCUGUCCUCUGAUGGACGAUCCUUCUUGAAUCUGUGGUUCAUUCCUCACCCAUCAGAAGUUCUAUCUCUCUUCAGAAUGCUACCACAGAAGACUGGGUACAGAGCCCUGAAGCAAACCCUUCAACUUGUGGCAGCUUUUCACGACAUUAUUUCAUACAUUUUCAGCUUUGUUCAGCUAGGAAGUCCACCAGACUGCUUUGAUUACUUCUGUUCUUCUGACCAUCUUAGCGCAGACUGGGGAGGAACUGGAUGGAUUGGAAAUGAGCUGCAAGAACUACAGAAGAAAAUAGAUUAUCUCCACAACCCCACAGAUCCUAAGAAAGUUGCUCAGAUGUUGAGCAUGCACAGAGAACUUUUGCUUCUGCAGUUUGAUGCAGCUGUUCGGCAUUCAAUGCGUGAAGCCUUUUUAUCCUCUGGGAACAUUUGUGCCUAUCAGAAUAUUACGGACAACAUUUACCAUGGAUUGCCUCUUCUAAGUAAUGCCGUAGUUGGAAGUCUCUUUGCUUCCCAGUUCCAGCUGCCACAGCCAUUAGAUCCACAUGGCCGCAGAGCAGAUAUGUUAUUUCCAUGGAGAACCUUUCAAGCAAAUAGCAGCUCAUUCCCUGUUGUUAUUGACAAUCUAAAUCCCAUAGAUUACUGCAUGCAGUUAUGUCUGUGUGGACUGAAUUAUGAGGAACGAAAAACUGCUCAUGGGGAGCUGGUUGGGAUGCAAUUCAUAAUAGAAGAUGUCCUCUUGAAUAAUUAUGAAACGCCAAGUGACCUGAGCAGCCAGCAAACAUCUUUCAAAAAGCUAGAUUUGGCAACAAUUGCUGAAGCAAGUGGAAAACCCUCAGAAGCACCUUUGGAGCUGCUCAAUUCAAUGGCCUCAUGUGCCCCACAGAAAUCUUAUCUAAUUCUAUGGAAGCAGCUUGAAACAUUGAAAGCAGAAUGGGGAAGACUUAAAUUGAAAGUCGAGGAUAUUAAUACAAUUGCUCUAUAUAAACAGUUUUCCGAGCUAUAUAGUGUUGAAGUUUUGUGUCCAGCUAUGAGACGCAGAGGCAUAGAAGUUGAAUUUGAAGGAUUUGGAGCCACAUCCCAGUCUGUGUACCCCCUUAAAGAAGCCUCACAAGUUGAGAUAAAAACAUACCAGCUGCAAAAACUCCUGGAAAGUCUAGAAGUACAUAUGAUUCAUGAUGUACAAAAGAAAGUCAACAAAGAGAUAACAUUGGUUAUAUCUGAAAAAGCAAGACACGAGAGAAACCUCCCUACUGAACUCUGGAAGCAUCAUAGCAUGCAAGAAAUCUUCUCUGUCACAAGACCAGAAAUAGUUGAGUCAUUUAUACAAAGACUAAUGGAAAAUCACCAAGAAUCAGAAGCAGAGAUUUCCUUUCAGAAAGACCACUUACAAAAGUGCCUCACAGCUCUCGGAUGUGAUGUCAUGGCCAGGGAACGCAGCAACUUUGAAAACUACUCCAUGUUUUAUGAAAAUAUACUCCACCGGCAGCAUCAGCUCCUCUAUAAAAAAGAACAAGAAAUGGCUACAACAGAGGACAAGGGGGUAAAUGCUGAGCUGAAUCUCAGUCAGGUAGCAGAGAUGAAUCAUGACAUGAUUAUGGAGAUAACGGCUCUGAGAGCCAAAACCGCAGAUCUCCAAGAAGAAAAUCAUAGCCUCAGAGAGAAGAUAAGAAAGGAAGUACAGGAGGAUUAUGAAGCAUUAGUGCAAAGCAUGUUUAUGACGUGUGUGCAUCUCAAAGGAAAAGUGGAUGAAUAUCGCUUAAGCCUGAGCCAACGCAUGUUUGAAAUCAUCAGUGAAGUGAGAAGAGAUGGAGUAGACAAGAUGAUUGCCCUGAAGAAAAAGUUUGGCUCCACUAAAGAUAACAGUGCACUCAAAGAACGCUUGGCUCAGCAGGAACAGUUACAGGAGUUACGGGAUGAAAAUGGCCAGCUGCAAAUGUUGGUAUUGAAACUGAGGGCCAUGAAUUACUGGAAGCAAACGGUGCACAAAGCGCACUUGUCAGCCACAGUGAGAGAAGCAGAGAAGGUGGACAAUAAAAAUAAAAAAGAAUACUUGAAACUGAAGAUGAUGGCAGAAAAAGAGGCAGUUCUAUUUCGUCAGCAACUCAGGUCUGCAAGAAAAGCCUUGGCACAGUCUCAAGCAGAGAAUAAAAAACUGAAUGGACAGCUAGACAAACAGGGACAUUUGCUACAGAAAGUAGAACAGAAAAUGAAUCAAGAGGUCAGCAGAUGGCAGCAGGUUAAUUUGAUGAAGACAGAAAACUUGGAGAAGAUGCUAGAAAACCUUGCCGAGAAAGAAGUGAAACUGCAGAGCUUGACAGAAGAAGCAGAGAAAUCCACUAAGAUACAACAACUUCAAGGGAAAAGGGUUAAGAAAGAAAUCCAGCAAAUAAGAAGUCAGUUAACACAGGAGCGCAGUUUAAAGCUGAAUGCUUACCAACGGGUAGAAGAGUUGCAGUCUCAACUUUAUGACGUGGAAGCUACAACAUCCCAGAGAAAUUCACCUGGAGCAACACGAAGAAAGUCUGCUAAUCUUUUACGCAGUAACAGUAGCAUAUGCCACAAUUUUUCAGGCACUGCUUCGUGGUGCCAGCAGACAAGACUAUCACCAUUCAUGUUAACCAGGGACAUCAGGCACAACCUUUUGACUGCUGACCCUGUGGGUAGGAGCAAGUCAGAGAAGAUUCCAAGACCCAAAACAGUACCUUCUGGGGGAAGGAACAGUGUCAUAGAUGCUCUCUUACCUGACCUCAGAGAAGACAUCUCAAAAAUAAAAUAUGGUUGUGAAAGUGGUCCAGACAUUUAGUUUCACAGCAUGAUUGAUGAGUGAAGUAUUUAACUGAUAAUCCCUUUAUUUUUAGGCAAGCCUUUCUUUUAUGUUACUGUGGGGGAAGGAAUAAUUUAAUGGGGUAUAUUUUAAGGUGUUUUUUUUUUUGCUCUUUUGAGCUUUUCAACAUUGUAAUUUAGUGUUUUUAAUUAGAACUUUUUUAAAAUUGUGCAAAACAGGUUUUUGUGUACUUUGUUAUUAACUUGAUGGGAGCUGCCUUGAGCAUUGGGAGAAGGUGGGAUAUGAUACAACUUUAAAAUAAACCAUUUGCCUGUUUA